GCAACACGAAAACAAAUGUGGCGUGGGAUGUUUUAUAAACUGUAUUAUAUCUAGAAUAAGUAGCACUUACCGUCGUAAUAUAGCGUUCCCAUUGAUAGUAAAAUAUCGCGAUCAUGACAGUUAUAAAUACGGGAUAGCAUGAGCUAUACAGAAAGCACGGCCCUCCGCUCUGGUGGAUUAGGAAUAGGAGUUCAAGUUAAUCUCCCCCCUCUUGUGCACAGUCUUCCACAUUGGUCCCGCAUGCAUCAUUUGGAGAGGCGUCGAUAUCAAAUGGGCCUCGGAGCUAGUUCGUCACAGUACCUUGGUGUCGAUGCGGUCGUAUCGGUUGAAGAAGGAGCUUUAAUCAACCCUGUGGAUAGAGAACCUGACUGCUAUGUUGACGCUGCAGACAGGGCAAAAUCGUUGGAGAAAAGUGUCACAUUUCUUCGAAAAACCCACACCCAGACGUUGGAUAGUUUACAUGCAGAGAUAGACAAACUAAAAAAGGAUAACAAAGAUCUGCAGUUCAAAUACUGGAUGAGAAUACACUCCGGGAAACAAUGGAAUGAUGCAAGCACUCCAGGCAAUUCUGCGUCGCUUGUCUCAGAGCUGCAUCGGUUGAAAGCAGACCUGCAAGAGGAGAGAGCACUGAAUAAUCAUCUAAUGAACCUCACACGUCAGCCAGCAAACAUCAGUUCGGCGGGCACUGCAGGACUUCCGGCACGGUACAGCCUUCGCCCCCUACUGGUGAACCCUGGAACCACUCGGUCGCGAGCUCCCAAUAUGCAGGAGUGUUCGGCCAUAAUUAAUCAUGUGGUACAGCAGUGUGACACGGCCCAGAAGCGGUACGUUCAGUUGAGGGAAGUUGUCCAAGAAGUGCUCUGUUUACAAAAGUUCCCUCCAGAUGGAGCUCUCCUUGACAGACUCAACAUUGCUAUAGAAGGCGAUAGCACACACAGGCAGAAGUUACCAAAUCUCCCAAGCCAGAGCGCUAGAAGGCAAUGUACUCCAAGCCGGAGUAUAGAGGAUGGAUCCAUGCUAUUGCCACCAAUUAACCACCGUCCCACUAGAGGGCAGCACACAGCACCACUGCCAAAAAUACCGAAAGUCUUACAGAAUCGCUCAAGUCCUGCACUGUGAUGACCUGGUUGGUGACCUGACUUGUGACCUCACCCGUGACUAAACCUCUAGUCGGACGCACGUCGUUUUGGUCAUAUGAAAUACAUUCUUAGGUAAUCAAAAUUAUUACUUUUCAGUAUCAAAGGAAAAAACAGCAAACCCUCAUAUGCCGUGAUAUUCCGGGUUGAUAAUGUAUAUCCGGCAAUUUUAUGUCGGUCAAGUGCUUUGUUACUCAAAUCUUCCUACAUAAAAUUCUGUGGUUUGAACUGGUUUUGCUUGUUAGAUUCAGUGUAAAUGUGUUAUAGCAGUGUUGGGACAGAGCAAGGCGUAAACAACCCAACUGUAUUUUAUCAUGUAGGCAAUACCGUUCAUACUGUGUACACGUGGUGCAAUUUGUUUAAUAAAAAAAAUCAUGGUAUCAAUUUGCACAGAUUAAAAACCGAAUUAAAUGGUUU